GCACUUGAGAAAUCGCUGAGAUGUCAACGCAGGUUGUGGCAGCGAAAAUGGCAGAGGGCGAAUUGAAAGACAUCCCGUAUAAAGAGCUGGUGUCUCCGGUGACACCGAGCGAAGAGGAUAAGGGAUUGGUGAAAAACGAAGCAAAUACGGGCACUUCUAGUUCGUCUGCGGCACUGACACUCGAGGCUGCUCUAGGGGACCAAAACAUUAGCCCCUCUCCUAUGUCUAGCCCGAAGAUGCCCCAAGCAUCCGCUAUGAAGCGUGCAGAUCCACAGCAGAACGGCGGAGAAUCUUUCGUAAAUCGCGAUGGGACCGUGGCUGAAGCUCCGAGGAUGAAGAAGAUCCAGUUUGCUGACCAGAAGCUGGAGUUUAACAAACGGCCCACCAAGAUCGGCCGCCGCUCCCUGUCCCGCUCCAUCUCUCAGUCCUCCACCGACAGCUACAGCUCAGCUGCCUCGUACACGGACAGCUCUGACGACGAGACGUCCCCGCGGGACAAGCAGCAGAGCAACUCCAAGGGCGGCACAGACUUCUGCAUCAAGAACAUCAAGCAGGCCGACUUCGGCCGCAGGGAGAUCGAGAUCGCAGAGCAAGAGAUGCCGGCCCUCAUGGCUCUGAGGAAGAGAGCUCAGGGGGAGAAGCCUCUGGCUGGAGCCAAAGUGGUGGGAUGUACACACAUCACUGCCCAGACCGCUGUGCUGAUGGAGACUCUGUCUGCUCUGGGCGCUCAGUGCAGGUGGUCCGCCUGCAACAUCUACUCCACCCAGAACGAGGUGGCAGCCGCCCUGGCUGAGGGAGGAUUCCCAGUGUUCGCCUGGAAAGGAGAGUCGGAGGACGACUUCUGGUGGUGCAUUGACCGCUGUGUUAACCUGGAGACCUGGCAACCCAACAUGAUUCUGGAUGACGGUGGGGAUCUGACCCACUGGAUCUAUAAGAAGUAUCCCCGCAUGUUUAAGAAGAUUAAGGGGAUCGUGGAAGAGAGUGUGACUGGCGUUCACAGGCUGUACCAGCUUUCCAAGGCCGGCAAGCUGUGUGUCCCGGCCAUGAACGUCAACGACUCCGUGACCAAGCAGAAGUUUGACAACCUGUACUGCUGCAGAGAGUCCAUCUUGGAUGGCCUCAAACGCACCACGGAUGUGAUGUUCGGCGGAAAACAGGUGGUGGUGUGUGGCUACGGAGAGGUUGGGAAAGGCUGCUGUGCUGCCCUGAAGGCCAUGGGCUCCAUCGUGUACGUCACAGAGAUCGACCCAAUCUGCGCCCUGCAGGCCUGCAUGGAUGGCUUCAGACUGGUGAAGCUCAGCGAAGUCAUCAGACUGGUGGACAUCGUCAUCACCUGCACAGGCAACAAGAACGUGGUGGUCAGAGACAACCUGGACCGCAUGAAGAACGGCUGCAUGGUCUGUAACAUGGGGCACUCCAACACCGAGAUCGAUGUGGCCAGCUUGCGGACCCCGGAGCUGACCUGGGAGCGUGUGAGGUCGCAGGUCGACCACAUCAUCUGGCCCGACGGCAAGAGAAUAGUGCUUCUGGCUGAGGGCCGUCUCCUUAAUCUGAGCUGCUCCACUGUUCCCACUUUUGUCCUGUCAAUCACUGCCACCACUCAGGCCCUGGCUCUUAUAGAGCUCUACAACGCUCCUGACGGCCGGUACAAACAGGACGUCUACUUACUGCCCAAGAAAAUGGACGAGUACGUGGCGAGUCUUCACCUCCCAACGUUCGACGCACAUCUGACCGAGCUGAGCGACGAGCAGGCCAAGUACCUGGGCCUGAACAAGAACGGCCCCUUCAAGCCCAACUACUACAGGUAUUAGCAUUAAGAAGAAAAGGAGAGAAACGCCAGACUUCACAGCUGUACCACAAGGAAGAGGAAGAGGACGAAGAGGAAGAUGUUCCUUCACUGCACUCGGUGAACUGCCCGACUACACUGCCAGGCUCCACCUCCUGGGCGUAACUGCAGUCUUCCCUGCCAGUCAUGUCAGCCCUUUAAAGAGGCCAUAGUUCACUCUGUAACCCUGCUACCAUGAGCAUGCUCCAGCCUUCACUCCAAAACUACUAUUACCUUUUUUUUUUUUUUUUUUUUUUUUUUGCUGAGUAUGACCAAAAAAGAUGAAGGCAAUGAUGCAGGAAAGGAAAGAUGCCAGUGAGACGGUUUCUAUUAUUUCAAGAUUUGCCAAUGGGGGUAAGACAAUUUCACUUGUCAAGCAAAAAAAGUAACUUAAAAAAAAAAAGGUAAUAUUUUCUAUUUGAGAGGGGGGAAAAAAGAGCUUAAGUCUCAUUA